CAAACUUUGGGACGGCACAUGGCUUCCCGCAGCGCUGGGACACUGCUGACCACGCACAAUGCAACAUACAUCCCUCCCGCAUUGAUGCCCGGAUACCGUGGUUAUGUUCCUACAAUAAAUUUAACGUACGGUGAUACCUAUGGAAAUAGCACCUUGAAGUACUUCCAGGAUUAUCGAUCAUCAGUCUUAAACACAAGUACGACUCCCUACAGCAAAGGAGGGAAUUUCCCAACUAUUUACUCCAAUGACCCCUCUCUUGUAAUAGCAGAUAGAUCCCGAACCAGGAACAGGUGGCUGACUGCUCCACGGUGGUCCAGAUAUGAUGUGGACUUUGACAGGACUGAAGAGCUUAAAACAUUUGAUAAGCUGGCCCAGGAACAUCGGGAGGCUUACAAAGAUAAGACUGGGACUGUACCCCGAGUGGACUUCUUUGUGCUGCCUGGAAAAGAGGAGGACACAUUUCCAUUUUUUCCUAAUAUGUAA